UCCUGGUUGGGGGUGUCCAGCGUGUCUCCACCCCCCUGUUCCGCGCCGACCAAUGAUCUGCGGUCUCGGUGUCCUGCGAGCCGCAGGAUGCCCGGGCCGCAGUAGUAUAUGGUCAUGGCAGGGGCAUUCCUGGGAGUCCUGCGCAGUGACGCCGAGCCUUUAAACCUCGCUUCACGCUCCCGCAGCUGCACAGCCCCACUCUGUCCACGACGCCACCCGCGUGUGACCACAGCCAAGCCAGCCGGAGGACAAAAGCAGACUAUUAUUCACUCUUCCUCCUGAGCCUCCUCUUUCUCUGAGAGUGUGAGCCACAGGAGUGACCUCGGGUCUGCAUGCGCGCCUCUUUACGCACAGCUCCGUGAAGCUCCCUCCCCGCGCGCUGGGCACUGCCCCUCCGCUUCCACUGCCCCGUUUCUCUUUUUUUUCUGCCUUUCCUUCUCUUCCCACUGCGCUCGGUGCUAUAAAAGGCAUGUCCAUGAUGAGCAACAACAGCUACUUGGAGCCCCAGCAGUUCUACCAGAGCACCGCGGACAUCGGCGAGGAGGAGGAGGAGAUGCCGGCCACCGAGAAGGACCUGGCCGAGGACGCCCCGUGGAAGAAGAUCCAGCAGAACACCUUCACUAGGUGGUGCAACGAGCACCUGAAGGUGAUCAACAAACGCAUCAACGACCUGCAGAAGGACCUAAGCGAUGGGCUAAAGUUAAUAGGGCUGCUGGAGGUGCUAAGCCAGAAAAAGAUGUACCGGAAGUACCACAGCAGACCCAACUUCAGGCAGAUGAAGCUGGAGAACGUGUCCGUGGCGCUGGAGUUCCUGGAAAGGGAGCACAUCAAAUUGGUCUCCAUCGACUCCAAAGCCAUCGUGGAUGGGAAUCUGAAGCUGAUCCUGGGUCUGAUCUGGACCCUGAUCCUCCACUACUCCAUCUCCAUGCCCAUGUGGGAGGACGAGGAUGACGAAGACGCCAAGAAACUGACUCCUAAACAGCGUCUGCUGGGCUGGAUCCAGAACAAGGUGCCCCAGCUCCCCAUCACCAACUUCCACCGAGACUGGAGGGACGGCAAGGCGCUGGGAGCUCUGGUGGACAACUGCGCCCCCGGUCUGUGUCCCGACUGGGAAACAUGGGAUCCCAGUCAGCCAGUGGAGAACGCCCGGGAAGCCAUGCAACAGGCUGACGAUUGGCUGGGAGUGCCACAGGUGAUUGCUCCUGAGGAGAUCGUCGAUCCUAAUGUGGAUGAGCACUCUGUGAUGACCUACCUGUCUCAGUUCCCUAAAGCCAAACUGAAGCCCGGUGCCCCCUUGAGGGCCAAAUCGCUACACCCCAAGAGGGCUAAGGCCUACGGACCAGGUAUCGAGCCUCGAGGUAACAUGGUUCUGAAACCAGCAGAGUUCCUGGUGGAGACGGUGGAGGCUGGACUGGGAGAAGUUCUAGUUUAUGUGGAGGAUCCAGAGGGACACACAGAAGAGGCCCGAGUCAUCCCCAACAACGACAAGAACCGAACCUACUCUGUGGUCUACCUGCCCAAAGUGGAGGGGCUUCAUAAAGUAAAGGUGUUGUUUGCUGGUCAGGACAUCGACAGAAGCCCCUUCAUUGUAAAUGUUUCAAAAGCCAUGGGCGACCCAACCAGAGUUCAGGCCCGCGGGCUGGGACUGCAGCCAACGGGAAAUGUGGCCAACAAACCUACAUACUUUGAUAUUUACACUGCAGGAGCGGGUGCUGGAGAUGUGGGCGUCAUCAUUGUGGACUCAAAUGGCCGCAGGGAUACAGUGGAGAUUGUCCUGGAGAACAGAGGCGACAGUGUAUUUCGGUGCACCUAUGUCCCUGUCCUGGAGGGACCUCAUGUCGUCUGUGUGACUUUUGCUGGGCAGCAGAUUCCCAGAAGUCCUUUCACUGUCCACAUCUCCGAAGUUUCACAGAGUGUCCCUCCUCCUGGGUCUCCAGUGCAGAUUGUACCUCAGUCCAUACGCACCCCACCUGCUGACAAGACUAGGAGAGCUCCUCCUCCAACACCACCCAAACCCAGGCGACCAACCUGUAACCCAAACGCCUGCAGAGCAUCUGGCAGAGGUCUGCAGCCGAAGGGUCUGAGAGUGAAAGAAUUGGCAGAUUUCAGAGUUUACACCAAAGGAGCCGGCAGCGGGGAGCUCAAAGUCACCGUAAAAGGACCAAAGGGCCUGGAGGAGUCUGUGAAUGUGCUUGAGAUGGAAAAUGGCCUGUAUGAGUGUAAUUAUUACCCCGUCAUGGCAGGAAAGUACAUCGUAACCGUCACUUGGGGCGGACACAGCAUCCCUCGCAGCCCAUUUGAAGUUUAUGUCAGUGAGGAGGCAGGGCUUCAGAAAGUGAGAGCCUGGGGUCCAGGUCUGGAGACCGGUAUGGUGGGGAAGAGUGCUGACUUUGUGGUGGAGGCCAUUGGAACUGAAGUGGGAACUCUCGGUUUCUCUAUCGAGGGGCCCUCCCAGGCUAAGAUUGAGUGUGAUGAUAAAGGCGAUGGAUCGUGUGAUGUUCGAUACUGGCCGACUGAACCAGGUGACUAUGCCGUCCAUGUUAUUUGUGAUGACGAGGACAUCAAGGACAGUCCCUUCAUGGCCCACAUCCUCCCUGCUGCCAGUGUCAUCUUCCCUGAGAAGGUGAAAUGUUACGGUCCAGGUCUGGAGCCUUUGGGCUGCAUUGUUAACAAACCUGCUGAUUUCACCAUUGAUACCCAUGGAGCUGGCAGAGGAGAGCUGAAGCUCUAUGCUCAGGAUUCAGAUGGUUUCCCCAUUGACGUCCAGAUCACAGAUAAUGGAGACAGCACCUACUUCUGUGUUUACAUUCCCACAAAACCCAUCAAACACACCAUUAUUGUCACCUGGGGUGAAGUCAACGUCCCCAACAGCCCAUUCAGGGUGACUAUCGGAGAGGGCAGCCAUCCAGAGAAUGUGAAAGUUUACGGUCCAGGUGUGGAGAAGACAGGACUGAAGGCCAACGAGCCGACUUACUUCACUGUGGACUGCAGUGAAGCCGGACAGGGUGAUGUCAGCAUUGGCAUCAAGUGCGCUCCAGGUGUAGUCGGACCUGCCGAGGCUGACAUCGACUUUGACAUCAUCAAGAACGACAACGACACAUUCACAGUGAAGUACAUGCCUCCGGGUCCCGGACAGUACACCAUCAUGGUGCUGUUCGCUGAUCAGGAAAUCCCUAUUAGCCCCUUCAGAAUAAAGGUGGAUCCUUCCCAUGAUGCAGCCAAAGUCAGGGCAGAGGGACCUGGACUCAACAGGACAGGGGUGGAGGUGGGUAAGCCCACCCACUUCACCAUUUAUACAAAGGGAGCUGGUAAAGCCAAACCUGAGGUCCACUUCACCGGAGCAACUAAAGGUGAUGCCGUCCGAGACUUUGAGAUCAUCGACAACCAUGACUACUCAUACACUGUCCGCUACACGGCAGUGCAGCAGGGGAGCAUGUCCAUCAUUGUGUGUCAUGGAGGAGACCCCAUCCCAAAAAGUCCAUUCACCAUCAUUGUGGCCCCCCCACUGGACCUCAACAAGGUCAAAGUUCAGGGACUGAACAACAAAGUAGACGUUGGGAAGGAUCAGGAGUUCUCCAUCUGUACUCAAGGUGCUGGAGGUCAGGGCAAACUAGACGUGAAGAUCACCUCCCCUUCUCGUCGACCAAUCCCCUGCAAGGUAGAGUCGGGCACAGCCAAUGAGGUUCAUACAGUGAAGUACAUUCCUCCUGAGGAAGGACCAUACAGAGUGGACAUCAGCUACGAUGGGAACCCUGUCCCAGGAAGUCCAUUCACUGUGGAGGGCAUCAUGCCCCCUGAUCCUUCAAAGGUGCGAGCAUAUGGUCCAGGCCUUCAGGGUGGUGUGGUAGGCAAACCAGCCCCCUUUGCCAUUGACACAAAGGGUGCUGGUACUGGUGGUCUGGGUCUGACAGUGGAGGGGCCGUGUGAGGCCAAGAUUGAAUGCCAGGACAAUGGUGAUGGAUCCUGCUCUGUGUCCUACCUGCCGACUGAGCCUGGUGAAUACGCCAUCAACAUCCUGUUUGCAGACCAGCACAUCCCCGGUUCCCCCUUCAAGGCUGUGGUCCAGUCAGUGUUUGACCCCAGCAAGGUGACAGCCAGCGGCCCCGGGCUGGAGCAAGGCAAGGUCAACGAGGCUGGAACCUUCACGGUGGACUGCUCCAAAGCCGGAGAGGAUGAGCUCACCAUCGAGAUCAUCUCUGACUCUGGGGCCAAAGCUGAAGUUCACAUUCAGAACAACAGUGAUGGGACCUACUCCAUCACAUAUAUACCCCAGUGCCACGGCAUGUACACCAUCACCAUUAAAUAUGGAGGACACAUGGUGCCAAAGUUCCCCAUUCGCUUGCAGGUGGACCCAGCUGUUGACACCAGCGGAGUGAAGGUCUAUGGACCAGGAGUGGAACCCAGAGGCAUCCUGAGGGAAGUAACCACUCAUUUCAUCGUGGACGCUCGAGCUCACUACAAGAGCGGUGGCAGCCAUAUCAAAACCUCGAUCUCAAAUCCGUCAGGCACCAACACAGACGCCUACGUCACCGACAAGGGAGAUGGGACAUACAAAGUCGAGUACACACCGUAUGAGGACGGUUUACAUCUGAUUGAAGUUCUUUUGGAUGACAUCUCGGUGCCAAAGAGUCCGUUCAGGGUGUCCGUGAGCGAGGGUUGUGAUCCCAGUCGAGUCCGAGCCUACGGUCCAGGUUUGGAGGAAGGACUGGUGAACAAACCAAACCGAUUCACUGUUGAGACCAGAGGUGCUGGCACUGGGGGACUUGGCCUGGCCAUUGAGGGUCCAUCAGAGGCAAAAAUGUCAUGUAAGGACAACAAAGAUGGCAGCUGCAGUGUGGAGUAUAUCCCCUUCACACCUGGAGAAUAUGACGUCAAUAUCACCUUUGGAGGCUUACCGAUCCCAGGGAGUCCAUUCCGGGUCCCAGUGCGAGAGCUGGUUGAUCCCAGUAUGGUGAGGUGUUCAGGUCCUGGCCUUGGAAGUGGAGUCCGGGCUCAUGUUCCUCAGACCUUUACUGUAGACAGCAGCAAGGCAGGGCUGGCUCCCCUGUCAGUUCAGCUAUAUGGACCAACAGGUGUAGCUGAGCCACUCAACAUCACAGAUAAUGGUGAUGGCACUCACACGGUCAACUAUACUCCUGCCAACGAUGGCCCAUAUACGGUGUGCGUAAAGUAUGCCGACCAGGAAGUGCCCCGGAGUCCUUUUAAAAUCAAGACGUUACCGGCUCAUGAUGCUAGCAAAGUUCGAGCCAGUGGUCCCGGUCUGAAUGCAUCUGGGGUUCCAGCCAGCUUGCCAGUGGAGUUCACCAUUGAUGCCAGAGAUGCUGGAGAAGGACUGCUCACCGUCCAGAUUCUGGAUCCAGAGGGAAAACCCAAGAAGGCGACCAUUCGAGACAACAGAGAUGGGACUUACACAGUGUCCUACGUGCCGGACAUGGCGGGCCGCUACACCAUCACCAUCAAAUACGGAGGAGAUGAGAUCCCGUACUCACCUUACCGGAUCCACGCCCUGCCCACCGGAGAUGCCAGCAAGUGUCUGGUCACAGUGUCGAUUGGAGGACACGGACUCGGUUCAGGAAUUGGACCAACCAUCCAGAUCGGAGAGGAAACAGUCAUCACCGUGGAUGCAAAGGCUGCAGGGAAAGGUAAAGUCACCUGUAAGGUGUCAACGCCGGACGGAGCGGAGCUGGAUGUGGAUGUAGUGGAGAACGCAGAUGGGACGUUUGAUAUUUAUUACACGGCUCCAGAGCCAGGGAAGUACGUCAUCACCAUCCGCUUCGGAGGGGAACACAUUCCUAACAGCCCCUUCCAUGUCGUGGCAAGUGAUACCAUCCCAAUAAUAGAGGAACCAUGUGACAAGCUUCAGUUACAGCAGCCCUACUCUCCCUAUGCGGCCUUCUCCCCUCAAUGGGUGAAGUCCGCAUGCCUUCUGGCCGAACGGCCCGACCUCACAUCACCGACAACAAGGACGGGACAGUUACUGUGAAGUACUCGCCAACUGAACGAGGCCUCCAUGAGAUGGACAUCAAAUACGAUGGCAACCACAUCCCAGGAAGUCCACUCCAGUUCUAUGUUGAUGCUAUUAACAGUGGUCAUGUGACAGCAUACGGUCCCGGCCUGAGCCACGGCACCAUGAACCGACCAGCCACUUUCACUAUAGUUACAGAAGAUGCUGGAGAAGGAGGUUUGUCUCUGGCAGUUGAAGGUCCAUCCAAAGCAGAGAUCAGCUGUAAAGACAACAAGGACGGGACAUGCACAGUGUCCUACCUGCCCACCGCACCUGGAGACUACAACAUCAUCGUCAAGUUUGAUGACAAACACAUCCCUGGCAGCCCCUUCACCGCCAAGAUUACUGGUGACGACUCUAUGAGAACAUCCCAGCUUAACGUUGGCACAGCAACAGAUGUUUCCUUAAAAAUUAUGGAGACGGACCUGAGCAGCCUGACCGCGACGAUCAGAGCUCCGUCAGGAAACGAGGAGCCCUGCCUGCUGAAGAGGCUGCCCAACAGACAUAUCGGAAUAUCCUUCACACCAAAGGAAGUUGGUGAACACGUGGUCAGUGUGAAGAAGAACGGGAAACAUGUGACCAAUAGUCCGUUUAAGAUCAUGGUGGGUCAGUCGGAGAUCGGAGAUGCCAGCAAGGUGAAGGUUUACGGUCAGGGGCUGGUGGAGGGACACGUGUUCGAGGUGGCUGAGUUCAUUGUGGACACAAGGAAUGCAGGUUAUGGAGGUCUGGGUCUGUCCAUCGAGGGUCCCAGUAAGGUGGACAUCAACUGUGAGGACGUGGAGGACGGGACAUGUAAGGUCACCUACUGUCCCACAGAACCAGGAAACUACAUCAUCAACAUCAAGUUCGCCGACCAGCAUGUGCCAGGAAGUCCGUUCACGGUGAAGGUGUUUGGUGAAGGUCGGAUGAAAGAGAGCAUCACCCGGAAACGUCAGGCACCCGCCAUUGCCACCGUGGGCAGCACAUGUGACCUCAACCUCAAAAUACCAGGAAACUGGUUUCAGAUGGUUUCGGCUCAGGAGCGUUUGACCCGGACGUUCACCCGCAGCAGCCACACCUACACCCGGACCGAGCGGACGGAGAUCAGCAAAACCCGAGCCGGAGAGACCAAGAGGGAGGUGCGGGUGGAGGAGAGCACGCAGGUCGGAGGCGAUCCCUUUAGAGACGUAUUUGGAGAUUUUCUAGGGCGAGAGAGUCUUAGUGGCUUCAGCGGGAUGCCGACCGGCAGCCGACAGCCGCUGCAGAACGGUGAGGCAGCUAACCAGGAGAUGACGGCUCAGGUGACGAGUCCUGGAGGAAAGACAGAGGACGCAGAGAUCAUUAAAGGAGAAGAGAGCACCUACAGCGUCCGCUUCAUCCCUCAGGAGAUGGGACCUCACACUGUCAACGUCAAAUACCGGGGCCAGCACGUCCCUGGGAGCCCCUUCCAGUUCACUGUGGGGCCCCUGGGAGAGGGAGGGGCCCACAAGGUCAGAGCAGGAGGCACUGGGCUGGACCGCGGAGUGGCAGGAAUCCCAGCGGAGUUCAGUAUCUGGACCAGAGAGGCUGGUGCUGGAGGUCUCUCUAUUGCUGUAGAAGGACCCAGCAAGGCUGAGAUAACAUUUGAAGACAGGAAAGAUGGAUCCUGUGGAGUUAUUUACGUAGUGCAGGAACCUGGUGAUUAUGAGGUCUCCAUCAAAUUCAAUGAUGAACAUAUCCCAGACUCCCCCUUUACCGUCCCCAUCGCCUCACUGUCAGAUGACGCUCGCCGCCUCACCAUCACCAGCCUGCAGGAGAUGGGUCUGAAGGUGGGUCAGGAGGCCUCCUUUGCAGUGCAGCUCAAUGGAGCAAGAGGGCUAAUUGAUGCCAAGAUCCACACGCCAUCAGGAGCCACCGAAGAGUGUUACAUCACUGAGCUGGACAGCGAUCAGCAUGCUAUCAGGUUCAUCCCAAAGGAGAAUGGAGUUCAUUCUAUAGACGUUCGUUUUAAUGGCAGCCAUGUCCCCGGCAGUCCCUUCAAGAUCAGAGUAGGAGAACCGGGUCAGGUCGGAGAUCCAGGAAUGGUGUCUGCGUUUGGGUCAGGUCUGGAGGGAGGAACCACAGGCAUGGCAUCCGAGUUUAUUGUCAAUACUUGUAACGCCGGCUCAGGAGCACUGUCCGUGACAAUUGAUGGCCCAUCAAAGGUUAAGAUGGAUUGUCAGGAGUCUCCUGAGGGGUAUAAGGUUUCCUACACACCUAUGGCUCCUGGAAGCUACAUGAUCUCCAUCAAGUAUGGAGGACCCCAGCACAUUGUAGGCAGCCCCUUCAAGGCCAAAGUAUCAGGACCUCGUCUGUCAGGUGGCCACAGUUUGCAUGAGACGUCGUCUGUUCUUGUGGAGACCGUCAGCAAGUCAGUAGCGAUGGGCAGCCCUUUUGCCUCUCUGCCUAAAUUUUCCUCAGAUGCCAGUAAAGUCAUCUCCAGAGGCGCCGGCCUUUCAAAGGCCUUCAUUGGUCAGAAGAACACCUUCACAGUCGACUGCAGUAAAUCAGGCACAAACAUGUUGAUGGUCGGUGUCCACGGGCCGAAGACACCCUGCGAGGAAGUGUACGUCAAACACAUGGGCAACAGGAUGUACAAUGUCACGUAUACUGUUAAAGAGCAGGGCAGCUACAUCCUCAUUGUGAAGUGGGGAGACGAGAACGUCCCUGGCAGUCCGUUUCAUGUCACAGUCCCUUAAAACUGAACUCUUCACUGUCCAAGACUGGAUUAAAAUGUGAUCUGCAUUAUCUGGACUAGUUUAUUUUCUUGAUGACAGAUUUUCUGUUAGUAUUUCUGAAGAUAUGCAGCACUCAGAGGUCCAGAGGUGUCUGAGGUCACCAUGAAGGGGAGACUGCAUACAUUUCCAUCUUUUUUUGUGUGUCCACUUCUCUGAACUUUUUCAUCACACCUCAUAUUUAGUGAAAAAUUCAAGCUGCAAGUUGCUCUUUUGCUCCCACAAACCAAACAAUUCAGAAGUUAGCUUAAACAGAAGAAACAGUUUUAACGUCAGUGAGGGGAAAAAGUGCUUCCGAGUCCUUUAUUUCUUAUCUCCAUCUGUAAAAACAGGAAACUAUAAACUUUCUCUAAGAAUCCUUAUUUCUUACUGAUGCUCAUCCGAUAACCACGAACACUUCAGACCCUUGGACUGUCUGCACUCCAGCCAUGGUGACUAUCGUCCAAAAAUCUGAUUGGUCAGUAGAUGGUGAACGCUUACCUGCAACAAAACCUGGAGCAACUUUGGUCUGUAGCAUCAGUUACCAUGGUGACAUACCACCUUUAUAACCCUGAAAAGACAGAGUUAAACCCAAAGUUAGCUUGAUAACUACAGAUCCCUAAAAGCAUUCAUGUUUUCUCAUGGAUGAGUUUAAUGUCUUUCGAAGAUAUUCUGAGUGAAAAAUGGUGUUUAGUUAGCCUCAGCAGGCAAAGUCUCCCCUUCCUCAGCAUUCAGUUUCAGGUGAGCGAGAGACUAUCUUCCCUCCAUGUUGAAUCAGAUGCACUCGGCAGGUCUCUGUAUGUCAGGGUUUGUGCCAGAUCGCUCAUGUGGCGUAGGCCCAGUUGUGGGAUGUGGAAUGAUCAAGAUGAGCUGGGCUGUGACGUUAACAAACUCUUCUGUUUUUAUUUAUCCUGCAGCAUUUUUCUCUCCUUUGAUUUUCUUUGACAGAAAAUGGUCUUACUGUUGAGAGAAGCAGGUGAUGAUGGAUUUUUUUUUUUUUUAAACCACAGGAAGGAAGUGAAGUGGCGUUUCCUUUGUGAAUGUUGGAAAAACAGUAGCAGACAUUAGAGUGACAUUUUAUAGUGAUUUUAUAUGUAUGAGUGAAGCAAAGUUUAAGUGUUUGAUAUGUUAACCUUCUGUAUUGCGACACUGUGCAGGCAUAAUAAAAGUUUAUCUGUGAAA